ACUCUGCCACUCCAUCGCCAGCAUCCACUGCUCCGUCGCGUCAAUCAUUUCUGCUUCUGAUUUCCCAUGCACCAGUCGCGGUUGGCUUAUCGUCACGAUGGUUCCACCAGCUCAGCUAUGGCAUCAUCCCGCCAACAAAGAUCGCCAUCCCGUCUCGAAUUGUUCAGCUUGCUUCCUGUGCCUGACAUUUUUAUUAUCGAGCUCUAAGCCUCCAAGGCGUGAGUCAAAUGCAAUCUGCAACAACUCUUCAGCAUCAUCAUGAAGCUCACAAUUCAGUGGCUGACCGCGGCCUUGGGCCUCAUUACUGCCGCGGAGGCUGGCUUUGACUUUCCCCAAGCCGCUUUGCAAGCGGUCAUGUCGGACAGUGAAACGACCGGGAAACAACAGCCAAAUAUUCUUUUCAUCAUCACAGACGACCAGGACCUGGAACUGAAUUCUACUUCAUACACGCCAUUGACUCUGAAACACCUGAGGGACAAGGGAACCACGUUCCAGAAUCACUUUGUGACCACUGCGCUCUGCUGCCCAUCGCGAGUCAGCCUGUGGACAGGACGCCAGGCUCAUAACACCAAUGUGACGGACGUUAAACCACCAUAUGGCGGGUAUCCUAAAUUCGUCGAGCGUGGAUUCAAUGACAAUUACUUGCCAAUUUGGUUGCAACAAGCCGGAUACGACACCUACUACACUGGAAAGCUAUUCAAUUCACACACUGUCAACAACUACGACAGCCCCCAUGUCGCUGGCUUCAAUGGAUCGGAUUUCUUGCUCGAUCCUUUUACCUACUCCUACCUGAAUUCAACCUACCAGCGAAAUCGGGACCCCCCUGUGAGCUAUGAGGGAAGACAUACAACCGAAGUCAUCACAGAAAAAGCUCUCGGAUUCUUGGAGGAUGGCCUGGCAGGGAAACGGCCGUUCUUCUUGGCCGUGGCACCGAUCGCACCGCAUUCAGAUAUUGAUGGAGUUUCAGGAAGAAAGGGCGGAAAAGUGAUGAUGACCGAGCCUAUUCCCGAAGAGCGGCACAAGCAUUUGUUCCCGGAUGUCAAAGUUCCUCGAACACCACACUUCAACCCGAAGAAUCCAAGCGGAGUGAAUUGGAUUCGUGAUCUCCCAGAGAAAGACCAGGCGACCAUCGACUAUGAAGAUCAUUACUAUCGUCAACGCUUACGCUCUCUUCAGGGGGUUGACGAAUUGGUCAAUUCUCUGAUUAAUCGCUUGGAAGACAGUCAAAAAAUCGACAAUACCUACAUUAUUUAUACCUCGGACAAUGGGUUCCAUAUUGGACAGCAUCGCUUGCCUCCUGGUAAGACAUGUGGCUUUGAAGAGGAUAUCCGUGUCCCAUUUUUCAUUCGGGGCCCUGGAAUUCCGGAAGGAGAGGUUCAGGAUUCAGUUACGACGCACAUCGAUUUAGCUCCCACACUCUUUGAACUGGCUGGUAUUCCAUUGAGAUCUGAUUUCGAUGGUACCCCAAUUCCCAUUACAUCUGAGUCUGUGGGAACACUGCACGAACAUGUCACGGUAGAGUACUGGGGAUCUGCAGUCCUCGAGGGAGAAACUGGCUUUUUGGGUCCUGAAAAGUCAGCAUCCGUUCCCAACCAAACCUACAAAUCGAUUCGCAUUAUCGGAGAAGGUUAUAAUCUGUAUUAUUCUGUGUGGUGUAAUAACCAGCAUGAGCUGUAUGAUCUAACGACUGACCCUCACGAACUUCACAACCUCUACUCCAAUUCUCACUCUGGUAUAACGGAUGAACCGCGUAUUAUGGGAUAUGGCCUGUCAAAUGUUAUUCCUCGACUCGAUGCGCUUCUUUUAGUAUUGAAGUCUUGCAAGGGAAACACGUGUAUUAAGCCGUGGGAUGUACUGCACCCUGGUGGGUCAGUGCAAAAUUUGCGAGAUGCCUUGGAUACCUGGUAUGAUGCAUUUUAUCAUACUCAACACAAGGUGUCCUUUGACCGGUGUGAGCCUGGAUACAUCGUCGAGGCAGAGGGGCCGCAACAUGCGCGGUCUUACUGGGGUGAUUUGAGCUGGGAUGCGUGGGUAUGAUUUACGACUUGAUACUGUAACGACAUGAGAACCUAAAAGUAGAUAUAUUUGAAAUCUUUUGUAUAUAGUGAUAAGCAAUCUCAAAGAAAUAUUCACGAA